UUCUCGUUUAAAUUCUCCAGGCGAAGAGUCUGGAGAGGUCAAAGGAGAAGAAGUUCUCGAUGCCACGCCUGCUCUACCACCAGCAAGCGACCAAUAACUAUGAGGCUUCCCUCUCAGGCGGCUACUGCAGAAGACAAUAGGAGGCUUGGUGCCCAAGUGCUCAGAGUGGUUCUUCCUGCAAAAGGAAAUGGGGAUUUGCCCGCGACCCCCGGGCAAAUCCCGAUUUGCUUUUGCGAAGAAGAAGGCAAAGGGUAUGUCUUGAUGUCUGACAACCAUCUUGGGAACCGACCAUUUAAUAUCUGAAGGCCACAGACGCCAAGUCUACUCUCCCAGACAUCAGAGAUACUAAGGACAAAACUUUCGUGAACCAGCGUAGGGCGGACCUACCCAAUGUCCGUGAUCUUUACAAGAACAAGAAAGUGGUUCCUGUAGCAGGCGAGGGCGCUAGUGCGACCACACCCAUCACCGGGUCGCACCAGGCUUUGACCGCCAUGCAAAGCGAAGAGGAGCCUGGGGCUUCUAUGGGGCACAAGACAGAACGCAAGAAAGCCAAAGAGCUGAAGCCAAUGAAGAAAGCGGGGUUAACCCCCCUUAGACCCCCACCCCACCUGAACACCAUGGAGGACGAUGAUGGUCACAAGGCUCGGAUGAACAAGCUGAAGAGAGCUCGUAUUCGCCUUGCCAAGAACAGGGUCAACCCUGAGGUGAGCAAGCCUUUUCUGAAGUCACUACCAGAUGCAACUCCAGGGGCGGUUUGGUGCGAAAACUACGCGGUUCUACCUCCAAUUGAAUCCGCUCCACCCAUAACGGGAUUAUACUCCCGCCAUCUCCAGCCCACCCCUCCUCAGGCCAACACUCACCGGGGUAUCCUCGGGUACAAGACAAGUAUCACACACGACCUAGUGAUAAAAGACGUGGAGACCGAUGAGUAGGGGUCAUGGGGUUCAAUAUGCGAGAUACACCCUGCGUGCUCCACUCAAACCCAGUUUCGGUAUGAAACUCCCGUCCUAUGCAGAUCACGCACCAACUGGUGACUUCGCCACUCGUGCUGUGACAUGGUGGGUUGUCCCGUUAGACACAUCAAGGCGGUGCGGUCUCCGCGACAAAUUGAGGUGAGACGGCCAUGACCAGUGAUAAUCUCCUCUCUCUAUCGGAUUCAUGGAGGUGUUAUUUGCUCGGGGGAAAACGCUAUCUGUGGCAGUAUAAGGCGGGUGCUCACUUGCCACAGUACAAGGCGUGCGAGGAGCUCAUAUUAAUCGUACGGCACGUAGUCAUCCCCGUUGAUCUUGAGCGCCCCGUCUUGUACCAUCGAGGCGAGUUUCUCUGUUGAUCGUACGGCACGUAGUCAUCCCCGUUGAUCACGAGGGCUUCGCAUUAUUCUGUCGCAGGGAGCGUUUUAUCAUCUAGCAAAUAAUGCCAGUGAGCCUGAUGGAAAAGGUCUUUAAUCGCUGGCCAUAAGUGCCUCAUCUCCUUCUGUCAGCGAACCCAACGCCUUGAUGUGUGUUAUGGAGACAACCACCAUUUUACCACACGUAUAGCCAGGUCACAAGUAGAGCGCGUGUCCUUUGUUUGGCGGAGCAAGUAGAGCCACAGACUGGGUCCCGAUUGAGCUUUAUAUUUGUCUAUCGUAGUUUUUCUUUUUUCGUUACCUUCAUAUAACUAACUUUACUUCUCUGUCUUCUGUAAAUCUGAUAAAUUAAAAACAUACUCAAACUGAAUUUUGUAAAUAAAAGCAGCUGAAUUCUCUCAUCUAAGACA